CCCACAGGUUUUAACUUUACUUUCGUUUUCCCGUAUUUUCGGAAAACCCGGUAAUAAAUAACUGACAUAUUUACUUUACUUUCGUUUUCUUGUAUUUUCGGAAAACCUGGUUAUAAAUAACUGACAUAUUUACUUUACUUUCGUUUUAUCGUAUUUUCGGAAAAUCUGGUUAUAAAUAACUGACGUAUUUUCUGAAAAUGUUAUAUGGGAUUUACGUGAUAUUUUCUGAAAAAUGGUCGUAUUUUGCAACACAAACCUAACUGAUUAACACCAGAACAUUCUUUGCUAGUAUAAAAAGCCGCAUAGAAGCAAAUAACUUUAUACUGCUGACUUAUAAUACAUACAACGAUAGAACAGAAACAAGGAAAACGAUUACAAUGGAUAAAAAUACAACAGCAGACCUGUUAAAAGAUUUGACGGAAUUAACAACCCAUUUAAAAGAUAAUUACAAAGACGAUUUUGUAUGCCAAGAAUGGGCUACAACAUUCAGUUCAAAAUAUUACAAGAAAUUGGUUGAUACAUGUAAGCCAACAAAGCGACAAACAAGGAGUACGUUAAAAGAAAAGCUUAAAGAAGAAAUUACGAAAUCAUUCGGACAAGAGGAGGUUUUAGAAAAUUUUAAUGUGGAUAUUUCAAGCGAGGACAAAUGUGUUGAAAGCAUUAGAAAUUUAGACAAGCAGAUAUACAGAAACAAACGGAAUAUUGUUUAUUGUACACAUCAGAUUGGAUUUAUUAUUAAAAAUUUAAAAUCAGUUUGCCCAAAGGAUUGUAAUUUGGGACUUUAUCUUCAUCUCAGAGGUGUACCUUACACAGAUUCCUACUGUCGAAACCUGGCUUUAGUUCAUGAAUUAAUUGAGAAACAUAAGAAUUUAUUGAAGUGUGCUUUAAACACUGGAACUUUAAUCAAAAACAGGAAAUUAAUCGAAGAAAUAUGUACAGAGUUGAAUUGGUAACAAAAUCAGCUUUUAACAGUAAGAAUCUAUGUAAGGAUUCCAUGUACAAUGUUCACAUUUAUUUAUAGUAACGUUUACACUGUAAACGCACGUCACUUCCGUUC